AUGGACGCGCGGAGCCCGCUGUCUCCCCGGGCCAGCGCGUUCAGCAUCGCCUCUCUGGUUGCAGCAGAGGCCGCAGAGCGCACCGUUCGCCUGGGCCCCCGGUCCUCCGACCAGGCGAAGCUCCACCGGCUGUUGGGAUCCCUGGCAGGGAUGCACUUCAGCACCGUCACCAGGGACAUGGAAGGUGAGCCGUCCUGCUGUGUCUACGGGGACCCGCCCGCCAGUCCCCCUGCCACUGCUGCCGUGGGGCCCAAGCAAAGAGUGUUGGCAGGGCCCGGGCACAGACCCGAGGGCCCCGGGGCCAGCUGCGCGGCCGCCGCCAAGGCGCCAGUGAAGAAGAACGCGAAGGUGGCCAGCGUGAGUGUGCAGCUGGAGAUGAAGGCGCUGUGGGACGAGUUCAAUCAGCUGGGCACCGAGAUGAUCGUCACCAAGGCCGGCAGGCGCAUGUUCCCCACGUUUCAAGUGAAGCUCUUCGGCAUGGACCCCAUGGCCGACUACAUGCUCCUCAUGGACUUCGUUCCAGUGGACGACAAGCGCUACCGGUACGCCUUCCACAGCUCCUCCUGGCUGGUGGCCGGGAAGGCGGACCCUGCCACACCAGGCCGCGUCCACUACCACCCUGACUCGCCUGCCAAAGGUGCCCAGUGGAUGAAGCAAAUUGUGUCCUUCGACAAGCUCAAGCUGACCAACAACCUGCUGGAUGACAACGGCCAUAUUAUUCUCAACUCCAUGCACAGAUACCAGCCCCGCUUCCACGUUGUUUAUGUGGACCCACGCAAAGAUAGUGAGAAAUAUGCUGAGGAGAACUUUAAAACCUUUGUGUUUGAGGAGACUCGCUUCACUGCGGUCACUGCCUACCAGAACCACCGGAUCACGCAGCUCAAGAUCGCCAGCAACCCCUUCGCCAAAGGCUUCCGAGAUUGCGAUCCGGAGGACUGGCCCCGGAACCACCGGCCCGGCGCGCUGCCGCUUAUGAGCGCCUUCGCGCGCUCGCGGAACCCCGUGGCCUCCCCCACGCAGCCCAACGGCGCAGAGAAAGGGACCCCCUCCUACUCUUCCAGGGCUCUGGCCAGUGCCUGGCUCUACCAAUUGGUGGACCACGAUGCUCAGGCCACCAAGUGGCACAUGCUGGAGAAGGACUGUGGGAGCCGAGGCCACUGUGCAUGUGCUCUCAUGUAA